AUGAUAUUCAAAUCCGACGCCGCGAAGCUCACCAUGUGCGUCGUCGGCGUCGUAGGAACUCUCAUGGUUUACGGAGUCAUGCAGGAGCGGAUUAUGCGGCAGCCGUACGGUGCGGAGCAAGAGAAGUUUCAGGAGUCGCUCUUCAUCGUUCUCUGCAACCGAAUUCUUACCUGCAGUCUCGCCGUCGUCGUGCUCCUGAUUCAAGGCAAGUCCAUGGCUCCCGUCGCGCCUCUCUACUCGUACGCCGCGGUCUCCGUAUCCAACGUCGUCGCCACGGGAUGCCAAUACGAGGCUCUCAAGUUCGUGAGCUUCCCCAUCCAGACUCUCGCCAAGUCAGCAAAGAUGAUCCCCGUUAUGAUAUGGGGCACGGCUAUAAUGGGCAAGAAGUACAACCUCAAGGACUACAUCAUUGCGCUGCUCGUCACGGCAGGCUGUGCCAUCUUCGUGCUCUAUGGGGACAAUAAGAAGCACAGGCAGGUGGAUUCCACCUUCUGGGGCGUCCUUCUGAUGGUUGGAUACUUGGCGUUUGAUGGGUUCACAUCGACGUUCCAGGACAAGCUGUUCAAGGGGUACAAGAUGGACACGUGGAACCAGAUCCUCUACAUCUCCAUGUGGUCCGCGCUGCUCUCUCUGCUCGGUCUGCGGUACCGCAUUGUGUAUGCCAUUCGCUUCAUCACCAAGCACCCCGACUGCUUCUUCCACAUCUUCAUGCUCUCAGCGUCUGCAACCACAAGCCAGUUCUUCAUCUCCUACACCAUCAAGACCUUUGGCGCCCUUGCCUUCGCCACCAUCAUGACCACGCGCCAGCUGCUGAGCAUUCUCCUCUCGUCUAUCCUCUACGGACCUCCACUGACCUUCGGCCAGUAUGGUGGCACGACAAUGGUGUUCUCAUCGCUCUAUUACAAGUCCUACGCGAACAGCAAGGAGAAGAAGGCUGAGGCCAAGAGCAAGGAGAGCAACAGCUUGGAGGCCGAUGGUGGAGGCAAGGAGAUGGAACCUUUGAUGUCGGGCUCCACGGAAGCAGCAACGGGUGCGGCGCAGUUACGGUUGAACCAGAUUCAGUUGGUGGGGGUUCACAACUCGUACCACGUGCAGCCUAUAAAGAAACUGCUCGAUCUCGCUUUAAGACUGUCAGACUCCUUCCAAGGCUGGCAAUACACGCACCGGCCCAUCCCCAAGCUGCUGGAGAAAGGCGUUCGUAGCUUCGAGUUUGACGUGUUUCCGGAUCCUAAAGGCGGCCUCUACUACAAUCGCGAUGGCAUGCGACUCAUUGACCAGCCCACAGCGUCGAAAAUCCCCGCUUUAAAAAGACCAGGAUACAAGGUAAUGCACGUGCAGGACGUGGAUUACCAAGCCACGUGUCUCACGUUCGUUGAGUGCCUGAAGCAGCUGUACACGUGGUCGGUGAAAAACCCGGGCCAUCUGCCAAUCACAGUGAAGGUGGAGGUGAAAUACUCGUCGCUCGUUGAAGAAAUCGGAUCAAUCGCAUCCAUGAUUCUCCCCAACGCGGCGGUUCCCCCGGAAAUCACCUCAGCCUUGCUCUCGGAUCUGGAAAAAGAGGUGUUGUCAGUGAUCCCCAGGUGGAAGGUUCUGAAACCGGAUAAUGUGAGGGGAAAUUACCCUACGCUGGCGGGAGCUGUGAAGACCAAGGGGUGGCCAUCUGUGGCUGUUGCAUCAGGAAAAUUCAUGUUUGUUCUGGUGGGAAACGCCAUAGAUACGUACAGGAGGAGGGCAACGUCGCUGCAGGGGAAGCUGUUCUUCACUGGGCCUACCACAGGAGGAACGCCAGACGCUGCUGUGGUGAGCAUGGAGGUGGACUAUAGCUCUGCUAAGGAGGACGUGCAACAGUUGCUUAAAGAUAACGUGAUUGUAUGGACGAGAGCAGAUGCGGAUACGGUUCAGGCGAGGUCGAAUGAUGGUUCGAGGAGGGAGGUGGCGCUGACGUCAGGGGCACAGAUAGUGCACACGGAUUAUCCUGCUGCCGAGAGGCCUAACCCGUUUGGCACACCUUACUAUGUAGGGUUGCCCAUGGGGAGAAAGGCCAUGUGCAAUCCUGUGACUGCGCCCAAGUGGUGCCGCCAUUACUUCCUCAAUGAGCCCAUUAAGGCUUAG